UCCGCAAAACAAGAUCAUAAUACAAAAUAAAAAACAAUUAAAUUAAUCAAUAAAAAAAAUUAAAAAAAAAACCUUAAACUCCCUUAAUAAUCCACCUUUACUUUCUUCCACGUGCUUGGUUGCAUGUCCCUAAAAUUCACACUUUCCAAAAACACUCACAAAUCCCACUUCCACGUGUCACCUCAUCCUCCCUCCCACCUUUCCUUAUUAACCCUACUAUUCACCACCUCUUUUUGCAUGAUCUUUUAUAUCAAACAAUUGAAAAUAUAAAAUAACAUCCUUAAAAAAUGUCUUCAACCACUCGGCCUCACCGCACCACCCAACUCACCACCACACCACCACCGCACACCACCCUCCUCCGCCGCAUCCAAGACUCUUCCCCUAACCCAUCCCAACUCAUCGGCUUCCUCACACUCGCCAUCGUUGGCGGGAUACUUCUUCUCCUAACCGGCUUUAGUAUCACUGCGGUUGUCCUAGGCUUUAUUGUUUUUGCACCCAUUAUUGUUCUCACUAGCCCCUUUUGGCUGCCUAUCUUUGUCCUCGUCUUUGUACCCCUCGUUGGGUUCCUCUGCCUUUGCGGGUUUGGUGUUGCUGCCGUCGCGGUUUUAUCAUGGGUUUACCGGUACUCCCGGGGUCUCCACCCACCCGGUUCGGACCGGUUUGAUUACGCUAGGAACCGGAUUGUGACUACGGCUCGAGAGGUUAAGGAUUAUGCUAAAGAAUAUGGUGGUUAUCUUCAUAGUAAGGUUAAGGAUGCUGCUCCUGGUGCUUAAAUGAACUAUAAUCCGGUUUUGAUCGGUUUUUUUUUUCUUUUUUUUCGAAUAACAGAUCAAAAUAACCAUGCAAUUAAAUUAAAUUGAAUUAACUCGAGUUAUUAGUUAAAUGAACCGUAUAAUAAUUUGGUUUUUUUUGUUUGUUGUAUUUUCAUUUUUAUAAGUUUGUUUUUGUUUGUUGUAUUUUCAUUUUUAUAAGUUUUGUUCCAUCUAUUUAGCUAGCUAGUUCCUUGAUUUAAUAUUGCUCGGUUUUGAAAUUUUGAUGUAUACAUAAAAAUGCAUUUGUAAUUUUGUUUGUUAAAUGCUGAAUAUUACACAUGCAUAUGUUACAAAGGAUUAUUAAAAUUCUAAAUCCUUGCAAUCUAAUCAAAUGUUAACAUGUUUCCUUCGAGAAAAGCAUAUAAUUAAAUGCUAUUAUGUCAAUACUCCGUAGUAUUUUGGCUUAAAAUCGUCAUCACGGCUACAACAAAUCGUUAGUUCAAAUACCUA